CGCGGAAGGAUCUGCCAUAAUACGUAGCAAAAAAAAAAAAAAGGGAACUCACCCUUUUAACGGUGGCAAACUGCAAGCGAGGUCGCUAGUCGUCGUUGUGCGUUGGAUGUCGUCAGUAACGUUUGACACGUAGAUUGUGCACAGCAAACGAGUGUGUGUUUUUUCUUCACACCAUGUUGUUGCUGAUUUGUUUCGGCUGUAGAAGCAGUAGCUCACUAGUAGCUAGCACCGCAGGCACUUCCGGCUCGUCCAGUAACGCGGAACGCCUAGAUAACAGUAGCUGCAGCAGGAUGGGACAUCGUCCUUCUGCGGGAGGUUUGAAUCCAUUGCCAUCGGCAUCGCUUCCGCCUCCUAUCCAGACCCAAGUUUGCUCCUCACCAGCCGGGCCAUCGGGUCAACAGCAUCUAGACGUUGUGACAACAACAGCUCAUGACUUGGCCGAAUCGCGAAGUGGUGGAUGGUUGGGUGGGAUUUUCGGUUGUUUUCGGCCAGUCUUUUGGAGUCUUACAGCCAAAGUGAAUAAAGAUGAAUGGGAGAUACCGUUUGAAUCAUUGCGUGACCUCGAAUGGUUAGCAUCCGGAGCUCAAGGUACCGUCUUUAAAGCCCGCAUGCGUAAUGAGAUUGUGGCCGUCAAAAAAGUUAAAGACAAAGCAGAAGCCAAUAUUCGUGACAUUCGCCAACUCCACCAUCCUAACAUUAUCCAUUUCAAGGGCGUGUGCACUCGAGCUCCUCCUUAUUGUUUGAUUAUGGAAUUUUGUCCAAACGGAACACUGUACAAUUUUCUGCGUAACGAUAACAAUACGUUGUCGCCUAGAUUGACUGUCGAUUGGGCUGUCCAAAUCGCUUCCGGAAUGCAUUAUCUUCAUCAAAACAAGAUCAUCCAUCGUGAUCUCAAAAGUCCAAAUGUCCUACUCGCUGAUAAUAAUGUGGUAAAAAUCAGCGACUUUGGAACGUGUCGGACUUGGAAUCAAAUCAGCGUUGAAAUGUCCUUCAUCGGUACCUAUGCAUGGAUGGCUCCUGAAGUCAUACGCAAAGAACUAUGCUCGGAAAAGAUGGAUGUUUGGUCUUACGGUGUAGUUCUAUGGGAGCUACUCACCUGUGAGAGUCCAUAUCGAGACAUUGACCAAGCGGCCAUCAUUUUCGGCGUUGGUAACAGCACACUUCACUUGCCUCUUCCGCCAACCGGUCCAGCCGGUUUCCUCUUGCUUAUGCGGAUGUGCUGGGAUCCUAAACCGCGAAACAGGCCAUCCUUUUCUUCCAUUUUGCUCCACUUGUCGAUCGCUUCCGCCGAUCUCGUCAAUCAAGACCCGGAACACUACGCCAAGCAACAACAAGAAUGGAAAAAGGAAGUCCGUUCACGGCCCAGCUACGUCGCUAAAGCAGGUUCAGCCGCUUCCAGCACGUACAGCAGCCGGAAUCACCGUCGAGCGCAACUCUCAUCCUCCAGCGAUUCUCUGAACGACAAUUACAAUCCAAAUAAUAACAACAACGGCAACCAACAGACGACAUACCAAUUCGCGGAAUCUGAUGGAUCUCAGGAUCCUUUUGUAAGGCAAGCGGCUGAAAUCAAGCACGUCAAUGAAAUUCGAGCCCUUUACGAAGAAAAGCUGGCAUGUGUAAACAGCCUAUUUGACGAAAUGGCUACACUUAAAGCUAUGCUCGAAGAGCAAGCGAGGAAUAGGCCCAAGAGGAAGAAGCCAAGUAAAAGGAAUUACAAAAUGUACCUGGUAAGGCCCAUUCAAGAACGCUUGACUGGAUCAAAGAAAUCAUAUUCAACCGCAGGGGAAACCGGUAUCAGGCCCAGAUCUGAAGUUUUUCUUGAAGUCGAAGAAGAUUCAGGUCAGCCCGUCACGGUGCUACGACCGUUGCCCGGCUUGAGGUGCCAUGAUACGCCCCAGUUGGUCAACUACGGCAAACGUCGGUCGUGUCGCGUUAAAGUCCUUUCCCACUCCCAAUCGCUACACAGGCGGUCGUGGAGCGUCGGUGGAUCCAACGUCCAUCAGACAAUGAUGCGACGCAGCGAAUCACACCUCCGUCGACUGGAACAUGUUUCAGAAAACCCUUCAGCAACGCCUGGAACGCGACAGAAAAGCUCACGGCCAGGGUCUUCCGCUUCAUCUUCCUCUUCUCGUUCUUCAUCGAAUCGACGGAAUUCUGCUGCGCUGGUAGACGCUGGGACGCAAACAAUCAUCGAAGACGGACACGAUCCAGUGGCAGAAAGCUGUUCCAUUACUCCCUCUGGAAGCCGGAGAAGUAAAGGUGAUGGUUUGGAAUCACCAGCUUUGAUUCGUCAGAGACGAAGCCAACAACAGCAAACUGCCCAGGAAUCCAGCGAAACUGAACCUGAGGUUGUUGAAGAGAUUGAGGAGGAGACGUACAAAUGGGAAAGAAAACGCGGUCGGGCUAGUGGAAGUAGUCAACACCUUUCGCUCUGCGAGGCGUCCAAUCAGAGCGUCAACGAUCCUCGCCAGAUAUCCUUGGGUAACGGCAGAAGAUACACAGUCGACAUGAGCCAAUACACGUACAAUGAUGCGUGGAAUAAACGUGCACAUCAGCAAUCCGCAUUCGAUGGAACUCAUCCUCCAUUUUCUCAGGGCAAAGCUUGUACAUUACCAGCCAGGAUGAACGCACUGAAUCUUUCAAGACAUUCCAGUUGGGAAACGUGCUCCGAACAGGAAGAUAAUAGUCUUCCGGCGACCAAAAGUGUAACGUUUGAUCCUACACUCCGACGUAGAAGUUUGGGACGGAAUCCCAUCCGGUCGCGAAAAUCUUUCAAGGACCGGCCCACUUCUGUUUAUCCUGUCAAAUCAUCCGAUUCGGUAGAAGAGAAUCCCUCUUCACUUCCAGUUGAUGCUGGAGAACUGUCGGAUGUUGGUUUCUAUUACGAUCUAGAUGGAAACGUUCAGUCAGACGAGAAGGAAAAAUCUAUGACUUUUCUGGAUUCAUGUGGUAACAUUGCAGCUACCUCGUCCAGUACUAACGCCAAUUCAUCAUGUCUGAAUCUGGCCAAUAGCGAUCAGUCUUUUGCUUGAAACAUAUUCUAUUUACUGUUGCCGACCAGGGAAUGUUACUGCAUAAUUACGAAAUUUCUUCCCAGUCGUCGACUAUUUUAAUUUUUUGUUUUUAUUUUAUUACCUGUCUGCAUAGAUGAAUCCGAGCCAACUUGUCAAGCUUAUCUUGCCAACCAAUAACGUUUCGUUAUUUCGUCUUCACAUUCCCACCCACCGCUCGUUCGGUACCUGUGUAUAUAUAUUAAAACGUUAGUUUUGUUUUAAGAUUGUUUUUUAGCAAGUAACAACAUUCAGCAACACUGAGAAACUAUCUUUGAGCUGUUAUGGUUUUGCAAUGGUAGCUAAGGUCAGCUAUGACCACCACACAGGUCAAAUGCAACUUUACGUUGGUGCAACGUAACAACGGGCCAAGAACAAGACAAUGAAAGAUUUUUCCUCUGCUCCCAUAAUGUUAAGCAAUAUGUCCUUAACGUACGUCACAUAAUGCAACGUUUAAAUAAUAUGAAUGGCCAAUUCCAGUAGUUUUGAAGGUCAACCACGAAAGAUGUCUUUUUCACCUUUGCUCAGCUGUUCAGAAUGAAAAUGUCUAGGAAUUCUAUGUACUUAUACGCGCGAACUUGAGCUGUGAUUUCAGUUGGUUACUUUCAAAACAGGCCAGUCAAAAUUCCACAGAGUACACAAAUAAUAUUCGUGCAGAUAUGUUGUCUUUUUUCGAUUGCAACUUUCGUUCCUGCCUUUGUACGUUUAAAAUAUUGUAUAAUAUAAUAGAUCUUGUCGUCGAAUGGUUAGUACACAAGAACUAAAGCCUUUA